UGCGGAAACCCUCAUUCGUGUGGAAAACUUCAUAGUGUAAUGUUGUCUGCGAGUUGAGUUCCCAAAUAAUUUUAAUGUUAAUUUGUUAAUCUUUUUAUUCAUUAUAUAGUAAAUUAUUAAAAACAAAAAUAACAACAACAAACAAGUGUAUCUCUUUCAAUCAAUUAUUAAAAACAAAAUACCUAAAACCAAUCUUCCUUCAAAUUAAAAUUAAAAUAAAAAAAAUAAAAGAUACAUACCUACUACCUAACGAUUAUAUCUCUAAACACUCAUAUCCAAAGUGCAAAGAAGAAUAAUAAAUUAAUCGCUUUUUUGUGAGCAACAUUAAUAAAUUGAUUCUUGGAGAAAACGCCGAAAAAAAUCUUGUUAAAAAAGUUAAUUAAUUGCAUUGUGCAACUUUGAUAUAAUUUUUUUCUCAAAACUAAAAGAAGGAAAAAUAGAAGAAAAAUUGUGUAUCUCUAGCUUGUAUGUUCGCUUGGGAGAAUUUAAAAGAAAAGGAAAAAUCAAUAAAUUGAUCGGCAGCCAUCAUUUGUUUCGUCUCUUUCUGUCUUUCCCUGUUUUAAGUUGUUCGUCAGUUCGCUGUCUCGCGUUUGCGUUGUUUGUGUAUAGUUUUUCCACCACUACAACUACACAUAUAAAUUUAAAAAAAAAUCAAAAACCUACUACAAACAAAUUCUUAUAUAUGUACAUAUAUAUGAGUAAGUAAGUGUUUGUGUGAAAAAAGGAAAGGAAAGAAGCAAAAAGAGAAAAACCCAUCUAACAUCUACCACACACCACCAGCACCACCCUAGUAAUUUUUCUAAUUUGACAAAAGUAUCUACACCAACCGCUUUCAUGAUGACAAACGCUCCUGGUGUCGAAGCGCAAGCAAUAAUUCAAGGAGCGAACCAACAAGCGGCUACCCAAGCCCAGCAGCAGAUUCAGCUCCAGCAAAUGCAACAACAACAGCAGCAGCAAGUCCAGCAGGUCAUAAUGCAAGUCCAACAACAACAGAACCAGCAGGCAGUUGCCGCUGCCGCCGCUGCCGUCACGCAACAACUCCAACAACCCAAAUCGCCCCUUAGUCAAAAUGGUAAAAUGGAAUCGAGUGAGACGAGGACAAAUCUGAUAGUAAACUAUCUGCCGCAAACCAUGACCGAGGAUGAGAUUCGCGCAUUAUUUUCAAGUAUUGGCGAAAUUGAGAGCGUUAAAUUGAUUCGCGAUAAGUCGCAGGCAUUUAUCGAUCCACUUAAUCCACAAAACUCCCCCAAAGGACAAAGUUUGGGCUAUGGUUUUGUGAAUUACUUGCGUGCGCAGGAUGCCGAACAGGCUGUGAAUGUCCUCAAUGGACUGAGAUUGCAAAAUAAGACGAUAAAAGUAUCUUUUGCUCGUCCCAGUUCAGAUGCUAUUAAGGGAGCAAAUCUCUAUGUAUCUGGUCUGCCCAAAUCAAUGACCCAGCCUGAGUUGGAAGGCGUCUUCUCACCCUUCGGAACAAUAAUUACAUCGCGAAUUUUACAAAAUGCCGGCAGCGAUAAUCAGACAAAGGGAGUUGGUUUCAUCCGUUUUGAUAAACGUGAAGAAGCAACCCGCGCUAUUAUCGCCCUCAAUGGAACCACACCAAAAAAUUGCACAGAUCCAAUUGUUGUGAAAUUCUCCAAUACUCCCGGCAGUACAAGCAAAAUCAUCCAGCCACAAAUCCCGGCCUUUUUGAAUCCCCAAUUGGUGCGCCGAAUUGGAGGUGCUAUGCACACUCCCGUCAAUAAGGGAUUGGCCCGCUUCUCACCCAUGGCCGGUGAUAUGCUUGAUGUUAUGAUUCCAAAUGGUUUAGGUGCAGCUGCUGCUGCCGCUGCUACAACACUAGCAACUGGACCCGGUGGGGCGUAUCCAAUUUUCAUCUAUAAUCUGGCACCCGAGAGUGAGGAAAGUGCCCUGUGGCAAUUGUUUGGACCCUUCGGCGCUGUGCAAAGUGUCAAAAUCGUCAAAGAUCCCACAACAAAUCAAUGCAAAGGAUACGGAUUUGUUUCGAUGACAAAUUACGAUGAGGCAGCUAUGGCAAUCCGAGCACUCAAUGGCUACACCAUGGGCAACCGAGUGCUGCAAGUCAGCUUUAAGACCAACAAGGCAAAUAUGAACGCUGUCUAAGCAACUAGGUAGAAGGGAUGAAACAAAAUAAAUAUCCCACUCCUCCCUCUCUCUCACCCUAUCUCUCUCUCACACACUCACACACAGACACACAGGAUCCACACAGGAAGUAUCUCAUUUGUAGUAUCUUCUCAUAAAUUAAAAAAAAAUUAAAAAAUAUAUAAAAUUUAUAUAUAAUAUAUAAAAAUAGAGGUAAUAAGAAUAAUAAAUUAUUUUAUUUAGUUAAAGAAUAAUAAUUACACAUUGUGUUUCGGAAGUAAGCAGCUCUAUUUAUCUAUAUAUAGAAAUAUUUUUUUAAAAUUUGGACUAAAUUAUAUUUUUUUAAUUUUUAAAUAGACCAAAUUUAAUAAGAUAAACUGUAACAAUAUACAAACCAACAUUUUUAUCUACAUACGUAGAUACUUAUACUUAUUGGUUUUGUUGAACAAAAACAAAUUUUUAAAAAUCUCGUAAGAACAAAAUUAUAUAUGUAUAGAUAUAUCUUCAAAACUACAGUUUAUGACGUGUUAAUAUUAACACUUAACUCACAACAAAAAUGGGCACUUGUUUCCGUUUUCUUUUAAAUUACCUAUUUUUUUUUUCUUAUUUUAAUAAAAUAAUUAAAAAGAAUUAAACAAAAAAAAAAUUAAUAAUUAAAGUUAAUAAUAUAAUUAUUAAGAAAAACUAAAGAAAUCAACAAAAUAUAGUCGAAAUAUUUUGUUCAAAGACUAGUUAUUGAAAAAAUUAGAUAAGAAAUUUAAUAUAUACAUAAAUAUGAAGAUAUAUAGUAGACAAAGGCUAUAUAUUAUAUAUAACUCUUCCACAUUUACAAUUUUUAAAAAUAUGGUAAAGAAAAAAAAGUUGUUCAACAAUAAGAGUAAAAGAAUAAUAUCGCGAUUUUUACUUGCAAUCAUGUUAUUUGUAUUAAUGUGUAGAUCACUUGGUUGUCUGUUCUUUUUGUUAUUUGAUGAUCGAUUAAGUUAAAUUAAUAUUUUUUUUAUUUUUCGUAGGAAGUAUGUAAGUGAUAGUGGCGGGAAAAA